AUGGAUCCGGAGAACAUACUGUGUGUCAAUCAGACAGGACAUCAAAUUAAGAUCAUUGACUUUGGACUGGCCAGAAGGUACAAGCCUCGGGAGAAGCUGAAGGUGAACUUCGGCACUCCAGAGUUCCUGGCCCCAGAAGUUGUCAACUAUGAAUUUGUGUCCUUCCCUACGGACAUGUGGAGUGUGGGAGUCAUUAUCUACAUGCUACUCAGUGGUUUGUCCCCAUUUCUAGGGGAAACAGAUGCAGAGACCAUGAAUUUCAUUGUGAACUGUAGCUGGGAUUUUGACGCUGACACCUUUGAAGGGCUGUCGGAGGAGGCCAAGGACUUUGUUUCCUGCCUGCUCGUCAAAGAGAAGAGCUGCAGAAUGAGUGCCACACAGUGCCUGAAACAUGAGUGGUUGAAUAAUUUGCCUGCCAAAGCUUCAAAAUCCAAAGUUCGUCUCAAAUCCCAAUUAUUAUUGCAGAAAUACAUGGCUCAGAGGAAAUGGAAGAAACAUUUCUACGUGGUGACUGCUGCCAACAGGCUAAGGAAAUUUCCAACUUGUCCCUAAUUCUCAACUCUGCUGCUCCCAUGGGCCCAGAUGGUGAUGAAGUGAUGACUCAAGAUUUUUAACAAUCCAGUCUUGUACUAACAUUGAUUCCACUUAUUUUGUAGAGAAAGGUUAUGGCUCUUGCCUUCCUUGUGAAUGAAAAGUGGCUGUAAGGAAAGUGACCUACAGACUUUUUUCUGCCUUACAAGAUCAUACUAAGUUGAAAUGCUGUGUUUACUUUUCAAGUAUACCUACUUUGGGUGAUAAGCGUAGGCAUGCUUUAGGUAGGUAGGAAAGCUUCUACUUUGUAUAUGUCAAAUUUAAAGUCCAAACUUACUCUGAUUAAAGAACUUAGUAGACUAUUACACAGGGUCAUGUUAUUCAGUGUUAUGCCCUCCAGUACAAAGAAUUCUUAGAAUUUUGAUUUGCUCAAGUGUGAGCUGACAUUUUACUGUACUACCCUGCUCUUGUGGAAAGCAACGUGGACUUAGGGCCAUGAUCCUCAAACUUGUUUUCACUUGUGCUCCCUUUUGAGACUCAAACCAUGCAUCCUUUAAUAUUCUUUGAAACUUCAAAAUAUACCACCUAUCCUGGGUAAAUCAGAACAAUGAUUAUUUUGAAUGUGCUUUUUAAAUCUAUACACACCUCCACCCUCUCCUAAUUGGCCCUGUCCUGGCAUUGGUAGUCUCACUCCUGGCCUCCCUUCCUCAGUUACGAACUUAUGGUCUAGUAAGUCUGGAACUGAUAUGCAAUAUGUAAAAGAUAAGAGUGUAAUGAUGUUCAGCUUUCUGAGAGAAACACAAAUGGUAUAUCAUGAGACAAUAAAAUGCUCUGCUACUGCUUUGUUAAGGAUAUACCACUCUCAGUGUUGUCAUUUAACUUAUAAAAUGACUAACAAGAAGUAUUGUAAAGUAAAGAAUGCUUUUAAUUUCCUUGCUUCUAACCUGAUUUUUGUGCUAUCCCCAUGAACUUCUCGGGUCAGCAGUUUUAAUUACUUUUAGCUUAGUUUUUUGGUUUUUACUUUUAGUUUUUAAUUAGCCAUGCAACAGUUUCACAGCCUUUCAGGAUUUUUGUUCAAAUAAAGACCCUGCUUUUUUUGGCAGAGGAUGUGGGUGUGGGGAGGGAGGCAGAAGGUGGCGAGGUGAAUCCUGCUGCUGCAGUUCUCACGCUGUAACUUUUCUCUGGAAGGCUAACUCUUGUCGAGAACUAAGAUUUUUCAGUACCAGCAUAUGUAAGGCCUGCUCCAAGCUGGCCAGCCAGGGGAUGAACAUCAGAAGAGAUAGGUGCUGAAAACCUCCCUUUCAUGGGAGAGUACAGUAAUUUGGUAAAAUGCCUUAUUUUAAAACAAAUUUCUUCUCCGAAAAGGUUUUAUGAGGGCAGCCUCCAGAAGGAGCCAGAGAGGUGACCUUAUAAUUCUGUCAGGUACCGUGUCCUCCUUUGGGGCUUCAGACUCUUGGGAAUGCUAUGAAUCUUCUCCCCAGAAAAAUGUAGUUAGCUAUCUUGAUCUAGAGCAGCAGUGAUAGAAAUAUUAUAUGAGCCAUAUACAUAAUUUUAAAAUUUCUAAUAGCCCCUCUAAAAAAACCCUGGUGAAAUUAAUUUUAAUAAUUUAACAAUAAGAUCAAAAACACUUCAAUUUGUAAUCAUCAUAAAAACUAUUGAUAUUUUUUUUUUCACACAAAUCUCCAAAAUCUGAUAUGUAUUUUACACUUAAAAUACAUUUCAAUUCAGAUACGAGGUUUUCAUCAGACAUGCUUAGUUUGUAUUUAGAUUUCAUGGAACUUACUGUGGAAAAAUAUACUCACAUACUCAAGUUGUUUGAAACACCUCAAAUGUUUUCUAAUAAUUAGGUAUCCAUUUUUACAUUUAACUUAAAUAAAAAUAGGAAUUCAGUCCUACAGUUGCAUUAGCCACAUUUUCAGUGCUUAAUAGCCACAUGUGGUUAGUGGCUUCUACAUUGGACAGGGCGGGUAUUGAGAGAAUCCUUUACCUAUCAGAUUUUUUUAUUUUUCCCCUGUAUGCUGUUAUUCUUUACCUAGAGUCCCCUCAGGAGAGCUUUGUUUAGGUCAAGCCCACACAAGUGAGAGGUAGUAUGAUUUUAGCCUCCCUUAUCUGAACUUCAAGGGAACUUAUUUAAAGCUUUAAAUUUUGGGGUAUUUUCAGUUCUCUACUUUGCUGGUAUUUUUAGAUUACAACUGUGCUGGCAUCAACUAUUUCUAAUGGAUUUUCCAUUUGAAUGAAUAGUCUUUGGAAACUGCUGAGCAGAGAAACUCUAAAAGGUAGUCAGGACCCACUUUUUUUUACCUGUUAGAUUGGUGUGCUUGUGGGGAAAAUGGAAUUCUUGCACUUUUGAUGGGUCUGUAUCUAAAUAAAAGUCAUACCCACACUUUUA